UCUCGAAUUGUGCCCGCUGCUCGCCUUCGUGCUUCUUGCUCCUCACAACGAGAAGAAGCUCAUCAAAUCCGACGCUCCGGAAACUACCAGCCUUCCCUUUGGGAUUUCAAUUACAUUCAGUCUCUCAACACUCCUUAUAAGGUGCGUACCAUUAAUUAGUAUGUUGCUAUAUAAUUAUACCUAAUUAAUUUUCCUCCCUUUAAUUUGAUAGAGAAGCAGAGCUGAUUGUGCAAGUGAAAAUCUUGCUAAAGGAAAAAUUGGAAUUUGUACAACAGUUGGAGUUGAUUGAUGACUUGAAAUAUCUUGGCCUUUCUUAUUUUUUUCAUGAUGAGAUUAAGGAGAUUUUGGGUUUUAUACAUAGAUAUUUCCAUGAUAAAGAAGUGGAUGGAAGUGAUUUGUAUCUCACAGCUCUUGGAUUCAGACUCCUUAGACAACAUGGUUUUAAUGUUUCACAAGAGGUUUUUGAUUGCUUCUAGAACGAGAAGGGUAGCGAUUUCAAGGCAAGCCUUGGCCGAGAUACGAAAGGAAUGUUACAACUCUACGAAGCAUCUUUCCUUUUGAGAGAAGGUGAAGAUACACUGGAGCUAGCAAGACAAUUUGCAACAGAAAAUCUGCAGAAAACUCUUGAUGGAAGUGGUGAUGAAAUUGACAAAAAUCUAUCAUUGUGGAUUCAACAUUCUUUGGAGAUCCCUCUUCAUUGGAGGACACCAAAUCUUGAGGCAAAAUGGAUGAUAGAUGCUUACUCGAGGAGACCCGACUUCAAUCCAACAAUUCUUGAGCUUGCCAAACUAGACUUCAACAUUGUUCAAGCAACACAAAUAGAGGAACUCAAAGACAUCUCAAGAUGGUGGAAUAAUUCAUGUCUGUCUGAGAAACUACCGUUCGUGAGGGACAGGCUGGUGGAAAGCUACUUUUGGGCAAUUGGAGUCUUUGAAACUCAUCAACAUUCGUAUGAGAGAAAAACGGCCGCCAAGAUAAUAACUCUAAUAACAUCUCUUGAUGAUGUUUACGACAUCUACGGUACACUAGACGAACUUGAAUUGUUCACACUCACCCUACAGAGGGGUGUGGCAAACUCAAGCACCCAGAAAACCAUCAAGUUUUUGAUAAAGUCGCACAAAAUUUCAGUUUUGGCUGUCAUUGAGCCAAUGACAAAACCGAACCCAGAGUUUUAUAGCAGGAAGUUCGGUCUUGCAUAUAAAGGGAUGAAUACAAAUGGUCAAAUAUGGCUCUUCACGGCAAAUGGGGUUGAAGUGGAUGAAUGGGAUGUGUCGGAACAAGUGUUGCAUGCGCGCUUCUCUUCUUGUGACCUCCCAAUUCAGUUUCACCUGUCGGUAGUCUAUGGAAAAUGCACAAGAGUAGGAAGACACCCGCUUUGGAAUAAACUUCGAGAGUUGGCUGUGGGUAUGGAGGGAUUGCCGUGGUUGGUAGGAGGAGAUUUUAAUAUCUUCCUUUCUGAGGAGGAAAGGCAGGGGUCGAAUAAGAACAGAGUGAAGGAGAUGGCAGAAUUUGCUGAUGCGGUUAAUGACUGUCAGCUGCUAGAGCUUGGCGCAGAUGGUGCAAAUUUUACGUGGGCUAGAGGAGAUAUCUUGGAAAAACUUGAUAGAGCGCUGAUCGGAGAGGGAUGGCUUAAUUUGUUCUCGGAGACUAGAGUUACAAAUCUUCCAAGGGUGAUGUCGGAUCAUAGUCCGCUGCUCAUUCAAUGCAGGCGUCCAGGCCCUCCGGUGCGACCACCUUUCAGGUUUCAAAAUAUGUGGGUGAGGCAUCGUUCUUUCCAGGAGGUGGUGAAGGAGAGUUGGAAUAUACCUUUGGAAGAAAGGGGCCUUGUGAAGUUGCAGGUUAAGCUUAGUCGGCUAAAGAAAUGCUUGAAAUUGUGGAAUAAAAAUGUUUUUGGCAAUAUCUUUGAAAAGCUAAAGCUGGCAGAGGAGGAAGCUCAAGAAGCUCUUAACAGGUUUGAACAAAAUAAGACUCCAGAAAACCGGGCUGAGAUGAAUAGGACAGUGGCUGAGCUGAUCCUUAGAGUUAAAAUGGAAGAAGAUUACUGGAAGCAAAAAGCGGCUAUACGUUGGUCGGUCGAAGGGGAAAGAAAUUCAAAAUUCUUCCAAGGAUGGGUGAAAUACAAAAGAUCUAAAGCUAGGAUCUUCUCCAUUGAGGAGAGGGAUCAAACCCUGACGGAGGAUGAGGAUAUCAGAGCCUCAACCGUUAACUUUUUCCAGAAGCUGUUGUCUUCAGAUAUAGAUACGCUAGUGGAACCAGACCUGGACAUCUUGUCAUCUAUUCCAGCUGAGGUUAAUAUGAAUGAGUUGGAUAAGAUGCCAUUGAUACAGGAGGUGCGGGAUGCGGUCUUUGGUAUCUGUCCGGAUAGUGCUUCAGGGCGAGAUGGGUUUUCUUCGUUAUUCUACCAGAAGUGCUGGGAUAUCAUCAGCCGAGAUGUAAUGGAGGCGGUUGUUGAUUUCUUUCAGGGAGCGCAAAUGCCGAGGGGAAUUGCGGCGACAAUGAUUAUACUUAUCCCCAAGAAAAAGAAUCCUACGAAGUGGACAAAAUAUAGGCCGAUAAGUUUGUGUAAUGUGUCAAAUAAAAUUAUCUCAAAACUGCUGACAUCAAGAAUGGCAGCCCUCCUCCCCGUGCUCACGGCGCCAAAUCAGAGCGGCUUUGUGAGGGGUCGGCUUCUCAGUGAUAAUGUGUUACUUGCUAAGGAGAUGUUCUAUGAGAUAGGAAAAUGUAACCCGUCUCCAAACUUGGUUCUUAAACUUGAUAUGGCAAAGGCGUACGAUCGUGUCCAGUGGCCGUUCUUACUAAAAGUGUUAAAAAGAAUGGGAUUCUCAGAUUUAUGGCUGGGAAUGAUCGAGAGAUGUGUUAAUCCUUGCUGGUUCUCGGUCCUUAUUAAUGGUUCUCCAGCUGGUUUUUUCAAGUCUUCACGUGGACUACGUCAAGGGGAUCCUCUGUCCCCCUCUUUAUUUAUCCUCGCGGCUGAUUACUUAUCCCGCCUUCUAGACCGACUUAUCCUUGGAAAGAAGGAGAUGAGGUUCUGUACAGCUCGAUACUCAAUGGGGGUCUUACAUCUGGCAUAUGCGGAUGAUAUAAUCAUCUUUACUCAAGCUAGAAGAGCAACCAUCCGUAAAAUUAAUCACUGCCUCAAACAUUAUAUGGAGGUCUCGGGCCAGUUGAUAAAUGAGGGGAAAAACUGCUUCUACAUAGAUGAGAAGCAUAAUGGCUGGGCUGCAGGGGUGAAGCUGACAGGGGGAUUCCAACAAGGUACCCUGCCUUGCACAUACCUUGGUGUUCCAAUUUUCAGAGGAAGGAAGAAAACGCACCUCUUCAUGUUUCUUCGUGAGAAAAUGUCUGAGAAGGUGCAGAGCUGGAGCCAUCGACACCUUUCGUUUGGGGGAAGAUUGACCUUGAUCAGAAGUAUCUUGCAGGCUUUACCAAUGCACAUUUUCCAGGUUCUUGAACCAACCAAAGGGGCUAUUAGAUUGAUGGAGCAGGUGCUAGCAAGAUAUUUUUGGGGCUCUUGUAAUACGACGAACAAAACACACUGGAUAAAAUGGGAGGACGUUUGCAGACCAACGUGCGAAGGAGGCUUGGGUAUACGCCGUAUGGCAGACACUGUGGAGGCUUGUAGCUUUAAGCUCUGGUGGAGAUUCCGUGAGAAGAGUUCUUUGUGGGCAGAAUAUAUGCACAAGAAAUAUUGGUCUCGAUCAGCUGCAUUCUCCAUCUACCGUUCUUGCCGUUUCAGCCCCACGUGGAGAAGACUAUUCAAAGCGGGAAGUAAAUGCCAUCACCUUCUCAGAUGGAUGCUGGGUAAAGGAAACUUAAAUUUCUGGGAUGAUGUCUGGGUGAAAAAUCAGCCGCUCUCCCGCCUUAGUCUGCGUGAAGAAGCUCCUGAGUUUGCUUGGGUAAAGGAUGUCUGGAGGGACUCGGAGUGGAAUGAAGAGGUUCUCCGGGAAUGGCUGGGAGAGCAAGGCGUACCGAUAGAGUGGAUAGAGGACAUCUUGCUGACCCCUUUCGACAUGGAGGAGGAGGAUAAAGCUCGAUGGACCCUGACCCCCCAUGGAAAUUUUACUCUUGCCUCGGCAUGGGAGCAAGUCAGGCACAGAGGUGAGGAGAGGGAGGUUUUUAAAAUCAUCUGGAACAAGAGUAUCACCCCCACAAUAUCUGUUUUUAUGUGGCGAUUGUUGGCUAACCGUCUCCCGAUUGAUGAGAAAUUACAAUGGAGGGGGGUGGCAAUGGCCUCCAAGUGCCGCUGCUGUGCUAUCCCAAAGAGUGAAUCAAGGCUCCACCUUUUUGUGAAUGGGGAGGCAGCCAAGGGAGUUUGGGAUCACUUUGCGAGCUGGUUCCCUCAGGCCAAGGCCUUUGUUUGGCCACGGAAUAAUGUGGAAAGAAGGUUGAGAUGGUGGCAGCAACAGUCCAGAAGCAGAUAUCGUCCUCAUGUAAGUACCAUCAUUCCUUGCUUGAUUUUAUGGUACAUAUGGACAGAGAGAAAUGGAUGCAUUCAUCGUGGAACUAGCUUCAGGCUGGAGAAUGUAUGCUACAGGGUAGAAUGGCACCUCAGAAACCUGGUGUUGGCUGGACAUCUUGGCCAGGAGCAGUGGGAAGGUUGUGAACCGGGUGUGGCUUCCUUGAAAGGACGCCCGGCUAGGGAAAGGCCUAAAAAGGCUGAGACAGUGCAGUGGAGGCUUCUAGAGUCACCUUGGUUGAAACUUAAUUCGGAUGGAGCCUUUGAAAGGUCAGGGAACAGAGGGGGGGGUGGAGGUUUGCUGCGGAACUACCGAGGUGACCUAGUUGAAGCUUUUAGUUCUCCUUUGGAAGUGUCUUCAGGGUUGGAGGCGGAAAUGAUGGCCCUUUUGGAGGGUAUCUUGAUGGCCAAAGCGCAUGGCUCGUACCUCUGGUUGGAAUCAGAUGCGGAAAUCCUGUGCUCUACCCUUGCCAAGGGACUGCUGGGGCCGGCAGAGACAAGACACACUAUGGCCAAGAUCAGAAAUGCUCUAAAGGGACUCACUUGGAAAAUCACUUAAAUCAGACGGGAAGGGAAUAAAGUGGCAGACUAUCUAGCUUCCAUCGGAAAGGAGAGCACGGUCAAGCUGAGGUAUACAGAUAGAUCAGCGCCGGCAAGAGUAAGAGCUAUGGUGAGGUUGGACCAGAUCGGCAUGCCGAAUUUUCGAUUUUCUUAGUUUGUUUGGUUUUUUCGUGGCUGAUAUGAUAGUUGUUUGGUUUGUUUUGAUGUUUUCGUGGCUGCUUAAAUAGUCUUGUUUGGUGUAGCUUUGAUGUUUUGGACAUUCCACUUUUGGGUCUGUCAGCUUGUAAUUCCUUUUUGAUAUGAUAUAUAUGGGACAAGGGGCCUGCUACAAAAAAAAAAAAAAGAUCAAGUUUUGUUUUUAUAAUCAAUCGACUUCCUUAU